GCAGCAGCAGUAGGCUGUGUGUUUCUGCUCCACAGCAGCGGCUGCACUGGGUCUGUUGUGGCCGGAGAGGAUGCGCGCCUCCUGGGGCUCAGACAGCACACCGAGCCGCGCGCACUGAGGAGCACCGGGGGAACCGCGUCACAGGGUAAUGAACGACAUAAAAAUGGCAUCACCUGUGCGGAUAUCCCUGCUCCUGCUGUGCGUCCUGCAUCCAUAUGUGAUAGUACAGAGUGCUGUGGAUUCUGGGACAUGCUCUGGAGGGCGCUGUAGAGCAUCACGCCAAUAUACACCAGCUCAGAACCGAGCCGCACCUGCAGCUCCGAACCACCAGCAUGCAGUCCAGAACCCUCCUCCAGCUGAACUGUGGGAAUCCCAUCUUCCUGUCCAGUCCCAGCGUCCGAGAGAAAGCUUGAGGACACGAUUGGCUGAUGUGUCUGGUACUGGGUGUACUGGUCUGGACUGUGUGGCUAUGGCUGAGAGUAACAGCACCAGAGAGUGCCGGGGGCUGGAGUGCAGGCUGCCUCUAAGGAUCAGGCCGAAGCCCAAAGCGAGGUCGUGUCUGGGGGAUGGCUGUGCCACCGACGGUGCUGCCCCCGGCCAACCUACCCUGAUCCAUGUGCCGGAUAGAGCCGCUCAGUUUCUGGCCGAGUUUACGGAUGCGUCGUAUCCUGCUGCGGAGCUAGGGGGCGCUGCACUAGGAGUUCAGCUCACAUGUGACAUUAAACCUGGAGAGAACGAGGUUCCCUCAGAGGACGCCCUCAUCCUGCACCUGCAGCUGGCCAAAGGGCAGGAGAAGCUGGUGGAGGCGCUGCGAGCGCAGCAGGAGGUGAUCAGAGACCUGCAGCAGCGGCUGGUGGAGCAGCAGGGGGCGCUCCUGUCACAGCAGCGCGAGAUCCUGGAGCAGCAGCAGCGCAUGUACGAGCAGAUGGACGUGGUGAAGGCCCAGUACGGCCUGCUGUCCGAGACCGUCAAGCAGGUGUCCUUCCAGGGCCUGCAGGGGGAGCUGCAGAGCUACUUCCAGAGCCACCUGGCAGGCCUGCAGAGCCAGGCACGCAGCCACCUGCAGAAGUCCUACGCCGUGCACAAAAUGGACGUGGAUGCCAAGGUGAUGGACGUGGCCGAGGACACGGAUCACCCGCUGCUGGGCUGUCGCAGCGCCUGCGGGUCUGAGGAGUACUGCAACUUUCAGAAGCAGCCGCCGCAGUGCGAGACCUGCACCAUGUGCCCACCUGGGUUUUUCCUGGUGUCCCAGUGUUCACCUAAUGCGGACAGGAUUUGCCAGGACAGAGAUGAAUGCCUGGAAAUUCCCAGUCUGUGUGGAGAACGAGUGAAAUGUCUCAAUACUCCAGGUGGGUUCCGGUGCCUGGGCGUGUCGGAGAGAGACAUCUCCUCAGGCCUGUGCGGUCACGAGUACUUCUACAACCAGGAGCUUCAGGAGUGCCAGGCCUGCUCAGACUGUGACGGACAGGCAGUGGCUGUUCCGUGCACUGCCACCAGCGAUGCUGUGUGCGGCGUUCUCUCGUUAAACACACUGUCUCAGACUUGGUCUGCCUCCGUCGCUUUGCCCAUGCCUCGCUCGAAGAGCGGCAGCACGGUGUUCCCGGGGUUACAGCUGAGCAUCAGGGGGAAGGAGGGCAGCGAUCUGCUGGUCAGUCAGGAAGGUUCUCUUAGCCUCCUUCAGCACGGCUUGCUCUGGAUGGACCAGAACUUCGCUCUAAAGCACAGCUGCCGGAAUUUCCUGCAGUUAGGGAUGCGUCUCAGCGGCAGCGAGGAGGAAGGACUCGACUUGAGCGGGGUACGGGUUGAGCAGCCGGAGAGGAAGCACUUCCAGGGGGUGACUGUGAGCUCGGUGGUUGAGGUGGAACCCAAUCAGACCCUGUCGCUGGUUCUGAAGAGCCCCAACCAGCACUGCAACCAGAGCAAAGACCUGCAGCUGUACGAACUGGGCAACUCCGCCUUUAGCUUGGUGUGGCUGUCGCAUGACACUGGUGCGGUCGCAAUGACGGCUCAGAUGUCCACGGUGGCACACUAUCAAGGCAACUACCGGCCAGCCUUCCGCGUCACUGCUGUCUCAGACCCCUAUAUGGUCUCGUUGACUCAUGACAGUCGAGGCAUUCGCUUCACAGAGAAGGGCGUAGUGAAGUUCGUUUUGCAGCAGGCACUCUACGCCAUGGGCCACACUUGCGUCCGUGAGGGAUUCUCGCUAGUCGCCUACGUCAACAGCAAUGGCACCAAUCGGGAAGUGGUGCGAUCCUUCAAAUCUGGCGUCAACUACCGAGACACAUCCAUCACCUUGUCCGCCGCCACUACUGUAGACUUGGGGGAUUGGCUAAACUUCGAGAUCUUCACCCCAUCCCAGUGCAACAUUCGCUACUUUGGCGACAGCUCUGGGAUUAGCAUGCUUAGCCUCCUCUGGAUCCCGGUUACUGUUUCUUCCUCUCUUACAGCAACCGUAUCAAGGACGGGCUUGCCUUCUGGCGCCGUAAGAAACAAAGCCCUACUCUUCCAUCAGGAAGGUCCCGAUUCUGACCACAUUCGACUGGCUGGCACCGGGGAGCAACACAGCCGGAGAAACUUUGUGUUCCAGGAAGCAGGGACAGCUAACGUGGCACUAAACGUCAAGCUAAUCCACUCCUGCAACGUGGUGAAGCUGGUGCUGCAUCGCCAGAGCCAAGAAGGGCAUUCACCGCACACUACGACUCCUCUGGCUCAGCAGGUCGGAGGGCACGUGCCCGAGGGCAGCGAGUGGGCCAGUAUUGGGUUGAGGGCGUCUUUCGAGGUGCAGAACGGCACCGCGAUCUACGUCACGCUGGACUGUGUACGCGGUCGCAUCAAUCAGAUCACGCACAAGGGAGGAACCAACAUCUCCAUUCUGUGGGUCGCUGCGUGAUCCUGACUUUUGGUGCUGUGGGUUUAGUAUGAACAGGUGCUUUCAGGAAAUGGUGCUUCCAGAAACUUCUCAUUGCCAAAACUGGACGAAUGGCGGAAAGCCUGGAUAUUCAGUCAUAUUUAGCACAUUGAAGUAUGAGAAACGAAGAUGAACUGUUUGACCUUGCAGAGAACUUUUUAUGUCUAUUUUUGAGUCUUUUUUUGUGUUUAUUGCAGUAUUCUUUGUAAGAUUUUGGUUUAGUAACAGGAAGACAUGUAAAUGUGGGUGAUUUCACAAAUGAGGUGCCAUUUAAAAGUUACCAAGUACAGUCAAAAUUGCUUUAAACACAUAUCAGGAACAAUAGCUCCCCAGCUUUUAAUUUUUGGUGAGUAUAACGUUUUCUAAAUGUUACAUUUAACAUCCAUGAACGUUUAAAUUUUCUGGAUGUUAUUAGAACUUUUUUAUUUAACAUUUUCAAUGAUAAUGUGAACGUAUUGCCAAGCUUAUCUAGUUGGCAGGGAGUAUGUACAUUUUAAAUGGAGAUUUUUCAUUAAGAAAAGUUUAUAAAUACAUUUUGGUGGAAUAACCCUGGUUUUUAAUCACUGUUGUCAUGCAUCUUGGCAUCAUGUUCUCCUCCACCAGUCUUACACACUGCUUUUGGAUAACUUUAUGCCUUUGCUCCAGGUGCAAAAAUUCAAGCAGUUCAGUUUGGUGGUUUGAUGGCUCGUGAUCAUCCAUCUUCCUCUUGAUUAUAUUCCAGCGUUUUUUUUUAUUUGGUAAAAUCAUACAAACUCAUCAUUUUUAAGUGCUCUCCUUUUUUCCAGAGCUGUAUUUAUACAACCAAUAUGAAUGGGACCCCAAUUGUGAAAUCACCCUAAAAUGUGAAAUAUUAUGAAGCAGUUUUGUAGUAAGUACUGAUCACUUUGCGAGUACUGUACUUCGGCUGGUUGAGGAGUGACUAAUUAUGUUCCAGAGGAAGCAGACUGCUUCUCCUGUACAGUUUCUUUUUAUUUUCAAAGGAUUUGUCUAUUUUAAAAAUGCAUUUUUGCCUAAUUAUGUGUCAGGAUUUUAUACACAUAUCAGAACUGGUAUAAAAGUAUUUAGACACUGAGUAUUUAUGUAAGGAAAUAUGAAACGAUGACUGUAAUUUAUAUGUUGAAGCAUAUACAGAACAUAUUCUAUGUUUAUUUGAUUCCAGUCACUCUCUCUGCGCGGUUAAAGCGGCGCUUUGCUGAGUGUUGAUGGUAAACUGCAGAUGUCUUGUAUUACUCUGAGUUCGGCGGCCCUGUGGAAGUGCUGCCUCUGCAUACUGUAUUUAAUUACUUCUGUAUGUGCUUCAUUCCUCCAGCCAUUCCAAAUAACAAAGCCCCUCAGAGCGCUGGCAGCGGCGCAGGCUCUGUGUUACACAUCCACUGCUAAUCUGUUUACCCUCUGAAAACCGGAGAAACACAGAAACCCAGCACAAUAAAAGCUGUAUGUUUUGCCAGAA